AUUCCCUAAACAGACUAGCGUCGUUGCUACGCAGGGAGCCAAGGGCGGUUACUGGCGCAGCGGACAGAGCUUUGCUGGCGAGGGGCGUUUGGCGGGGCUUCGCUUUUUAAAACAAGCUACCCCGACACCAACAGACUCACUCGAGAUUCACUCUGCCUCUUCACUGCCUUGUUUUGCUGCAAGACCAACUCCAUCUUCACCUUCAAUUCCGUGUUAACUGCGGAAUAUCCCCUCAAAUCACCCUCUAAUUCUUCUUCUUUAACCCACAUAACACACUCCAUCAUGUCUGGUGUCGGCCUUCCUAACGACCCCGCCAACACUGCCGCCGGCUUCGCUGAAGACAAGGGCAAGGGCAAGUCUGCUGCUCAGGACUUCCAUGACGAUGCUGCCAUGGAUGACGAUGAUGAGGAUGAGGACGACGACGACGAUGAGGAUGAUGACGAGGAUGAGGAUGAGGAAGAGAACUUUGACGACGAGAACGCCGACGAUGGUAACCUUGAGAAGAUCGACCUGAACAACAUUGUCGAGGGCGGCCGCCGCACUCGCGGAGCCAAGAUUGACUUCGCCAAGGCUGCUGAGGAGCACCCCGCUGAGGGCGAUGAGGAUGAGGAUGACGAGGAGUUCCAGCCUACCCGUGAUGACACCGAGAUGUCUGGUUAAACAGCUUCACCCCCAAUACCCUCCUAACUAAAAUCACCAGCGCCAUGACGCGGCUAUAGCCUGUCCUUUAGUCCUUUGACAUAAGGUCGGGACGAGGACAGGGUAGCUGCAGUCUGCCUGGCUUGUCAUUUUGCAUUGAUAUUUACAGAGCAUUGGCAAGUGAGCAAAGUUGUCGUACAUACUUGCUUUCUAUUGGAGCGGGACGGCGCGUUGCAUUGAACGUUUGUGUCAGGUACAGCGACCAAACGACGGACAUAGCAUACAUGAAGGAUACUCAAAACAGUAUAAUGUGAACACGUUUCAUAAAAAUAAUUAUGUGUAUAUUGUGUGAUUGGCCAUAUGUUUUCAGUCCAGCUAAUGACGAGGGCUGGGAUAGGAUCUGCCUUAGAU